GAUUUAUUAUGAGACUAAUCUGACCUUUGCAAGAAAGGAUACCCAACUUUCUGCAGUCAGAAGUCCAGGUAUCAUAGAGCCCAGUCCCUGACAUCUCACUGCUGCAGAGAUGGAUAACCAAAGAAUAAUCUACACUGAACUGAAUCUGCCCAAAACCCCAAAGAGGCAACAAAGGAAACCCGAGGAAACUAAAAGCUCCAUUUCAGAAACUGAACAGGAAAUAACCUAUGCGGAAUUAAAACUUCAAAAUGCUGUUCAGGAUCUUCCAUUGGAUGGCAAAUCUUACCACUGCAAGGAUUUAUUGUUACCUCCAGAAAAGCUCUUUGCUGGGAUCCUGGGAAUCGUUUGUCUUGUCUUACUGUCCACUGUGGUAGUAAGAGUCGUCAUUACCUUAACACAGAAGCGGAACAAUUCUGACCAGACUGAAAAUCAGAAAGGAUAUCCUUGUCGUCAUUGCCCAGAGGAGUGGUUCACAUAUUCCAACAAUUGUUAUUACAUGGUUAAGGAAUCAAAAACUUGGAAUGAGAGUUUGAUGGCCUGUGCUUCUAAGAACUCCACUCUGCUUUACAUAGAUAAUGAAGAAGAAAUGAAAUUUCUGGGUUCCCUGUCACGUCAGUCAUGGAUUGGAGUCUUUCGUAACAGCAGUGAUCAUCCAUGGAUGUCAAUAAAUGGCUCAACUUUCAAACUUCACAUAUCAGAAACAGAGUAUAAGAGCUAUACCUGUGCUGUGCUACGUGACAGUAAACUUCUAUCAGAAGGAUGUGGAUCUUUACAAGUAUAUAAUUGUAAGCACAAGCUUUGAAAC